GGAACCUUUCCGCCUCGCGUCCCAGUGAAGCGAGCGCAGCGGGGGACACUUUAGUCCUCCGCACACCGUCCUCCAGGCUUCGCUGACUGCUGGCGGCUACGAGGGCGGACGUGAGGCGUUUUGUCAGUUCCUCUGCUUGUCGUGAGCAGCAUGGACGUGCUAGCGGAGGAGUUCGGGAACCUGACCCCGGAGCAGCUGGCGGCGCCGAUCCCCACGGUCGAGGAAAAAUGGAGGCUGCUUCCAGCAUUUUUAAAGGUGAAAGGCCUUGUGAAGCAGCACAUAGACUCAUUUAACUAUUUCAUUAACGUAGAGAUCAAGAAGAUAAUGAAAGCCAACGAAAAGGUGACAAGUGAUGCUGACCCUAUGUGGUAUUUGAAAUAUCUUAAUAUUUAUGUUGGGCUUCCUGAUGUUGAAGAAAGCUUCAAUGUGACUAGGCCAGUGUCUCCUCAUGAGUGCCGGCUGAGGGACAUGACAUAUUCUGCACCCAUUACAGUGGACAUUGAAUACACCCGAGGCAGCCAGAGGAUCAUCCGCAAUGCCUUACCCAUUGGCAGAAUGCCCAUUAUGCUCCGAAGUUCGAACUGUGUUCUGAUGGGGAAAACUCCAGCUGAAUUUGCCAAACUAAAUGAGUGUCCUUUAGACCCAGGUGGUUACUUCAUCGUUAAAGGAGUGGAAAAAGUUAUUCUCAUCCAGGAGCAGCUUUCUAAGAACAGGAUCAUUGUGGAAGCAGAUAGGAAAGGCACUGUGGGAGCUUCAGUCACCAGCUCUACCCAUGAGAAAAAAAGUAGAACCAACAUGGCUGUGAAGCAAGGACGGUUUUAUUUGAGACAUAACACGUUGUCGGAAGAUAUACCCAUUGUCAUCAUCUUUAAGGCCAUGGGUGUUGAGAGUGACCAGGAAAUUGUGCAGAUGAUUGGAACAGAGGAACACGUGAUGGCUGCCUUUGGGCCCAGUCUGGAGGAGUGCCAGAAAGCUCAGAUUUUCACACAGAUGCAGGCAUUGAAAUACAUAGGGAAUAAAGUAAGAAGGCAAAGGAUAUGGGGAGGUGGACCAAAGAAAACCAAAAUAGAAGAAGCAAGAGAGCUCCUGGCUUCUACCAUUUUGACCCAUGUGCCUGUUAAGGAAUUCAAUUUCCGAGCCAAAUGUAUCUAUACUGCAGUGAUGGUGCGAAGAGUAAUUCUGGCCCAAGGAGAUAAUAAAGUUGAUGACAGAGACUAUUAUGGUAACAAGCGACUGGAAUUGGCAGGACAGCUUUUAUCUCUUCUUUUUGAAGAUUUAUUCAAAAAAUUUAAUUCUGAAAUGAAGAAGAUUGCAGACCAAGUGAUUCCCAAACAAAGAGCGGCACAGUUCGACGUGGUGAAGCAUAUGCGCCAGGACCAGAUCACCAACGGCAUGGUGAACGCCAUCUCCACUGGAAACUGGUCUCUAAAGAGAUUUAAAAUGGACCGUCAGGGUGUGACCCAGGUGCUGUCUCGCUUGUCAUAUAUAUCUGCACUGGGCAUGAUGACAAGAAUCUCUUCCCAGUUUGAAAAAACAAGGAAAGUGAGUGGUCCUCGCUCCCUCCAGCCAUCUCAGUGGGGAAUGCUCUGUCCUUCAGACACACCUGAAGGAGAGGCCUGUGGUUUGGUUAAAAAUUUAGCUCUUAUGACACAUAUCACAACUGACAUGGAAGAUGGACCCAUUGUUAAGUUAGCCGGUAACCUGGGAGUAGAAGAUGUCAAUUUAUUAUGUGGGGAAGAACUUUCUUACCCAAAUGUGUUUCUUGUCUUUCUCAAUGGUAAUAUCUUGGGUGUCAUUCGAGACCAUAAAAAGCUAGUAAAUACAUUUCGACUGAUGCGAAGAGCAGGAUAUAUCAAUGAAUUUGUUUCCAUCUCAACAAAUCUUACAGAUCGAUGCGUUUAUAUCUCCUCUGAUGGAGGAAGGCUGUGCAGGCCUUAUAUAAUUGUUAAGAAACAGAAACCAGCAGUCACCAAUAAACAUAUGGAAGAGCUGGCUCAGGGGUACAGGAAUUUUGAAGAUUUCUUACAUGAGAGUCUUGUUGAAUAUUUAGAUGUGAAUGAAGAAAAUGACUGUAACAUUGCACUCUAUGAACACACAAUUAACAAAGAUACCACCCACCUGGAGAUUGAACCCUUCACUCUUCUUGGUGUUUGUGCUGGCCUCAUCCCGUACCCUCACCACAACCAGUCCCCAAGAAACACCUACCAGUGUGCCAUGGGCAAGCAAGCCAUGGGUACCAUUGGAUAUAACCAGCGGAACAGGAUCGACACGCUUAUGUAUCUGUUAGCAUAUCCACAAAAGCCCAUGGUUAAGACAAAAACCAUCGAGUUGAUAGAGUUCGAGAAACUGCCAGCUGGACAGAAUGCCACUGUGGCUGUGAUGAGUUACAGUGGCUAUGACAUUGAAGAUGCUCUCGUCCUAAACAAGGCCUCCCUGGACAGAGGCUUUGGGCGUUGCCUUGUAUAUAAAAAUGCUAAAUGUACAUUGAAACGAUAUACCAAUCAGACUUUUGAUAAGGUGAUGGGACCCAUGUUGGAUGCUGCAACGAGGAAACCCAUCUGGCGACAUGAAAUUUUAGAUGCAGAUGGCAUUUGUUCUCCAGGUGAGAAGGUAGAGAACAAGCAAGUGCUCGUAAACAAGUCCAUGCCCACAGUAACUCAGAUUCCCUUGGAAGGAAGCAACGUGCCUCAGCAACCACAGUACAAGGAUGUGCCCAUAACCUACAAAGGUUCGACAGAUUCCUACAUUGAAAAGGUGAUGAUCUCUUCCAAUGCUGAAGAUGCUUUUCUGAUCAAGAUGCUUUUGCGACAAACAAGACGGCCAGAGAUUGGAGACAAAUUCAGCAGCCGUCACGGACAAAAAGGUGUUUGUGGCUUGAUCGUCCCCCAGGAAGACAUGCCGUUCUGUGAUUCUGGCAUCUGUCCGGACAUCAUAAUGAAUCCACACGGCUUCCCAUCGAGAAUGACGGUAGGAAAGUUAAUUGAGCUGCUGGCUGGCAAGGCAGGCGUUUUAGAUGGCAGAUUCCACUAUGGUACUGCGUUUGGAGGGAGUAAAGUAAAGGAUGUUUGUGAAGACCUCGUUCGUCAUGGUUAUAACUACUUGGGGAAAGACUAUGUCACGUCGGGUAUCACAGGUGAACCCUUAGAAGCAUAUAUCUACUUUGGUCCUGUGUACUAUCAAAAACUGAAACACAUGGUGCUGGAUAAAAUGCACGCUCGGGCCCGGGGACCACGAGCCGUCCUUACCAGGCAGCCCACUGAAGGGCGCUCUCGUGACGGUGGCUUACGUCUUGGAGAAAUGGAGCGUGACUGCUUAAUCGGCUAUGGAGCGAGUAUGCUUCUGCUGGAGAGACUUAUGAUUUCAAGUGAUGCCUUUGAGGUUGAUGUCUGUGGGCAGUGUGGACUCCUGGGGUAUUCCGGCUGGUGCCACUUCUGCAAGUCAUCGUGCCACGUGUCCUCCCUCCGCAUCCCCUACGCCUGCAAGCUGCUCUUCCAGGAGCUGCAGUCCAUGAACAUCAUCCCCAGGUUGAAGCUCGCCAAGUACAACGAGUAAGGCCGGAAGGGCAGCGCGGCGCUGUGCUCGGCACUCACGCCGGCAGCCGUCUUGCCUCAAACACGACGCUGACGGGAGAAGCUUUAUGUUCUGAAGCUGACUAGACAGCCUCGACCCCUGGGCCUCGAGACCCAAAGUGCCCACGGCGGGGACUGCGGUGCAGCGUGAGUCACAAGUGGACAUGAGCUGAAGAGUAAAUAAACUAACUUAUUUGUGUUGUGUUGUUUUGUUUUGAGUCAUGGUCUCACUUUAGCCCAGGCCUAAUAUGGCCUUAAACCCGUAGCCUCCCACGUACAGGAGUAACAGCGUGGACUACCAUAAACUAGCCUGGCUGAUUUAUGUUCUUUAUCUUGCACUGUACCCAUCAGGAAGACCUUUCUCACUGAAAGAAAUGUCUGGAUUUAGAUUCCCUGUGAUGUCUUCUGAUUAACAGGACUGCAGGUUCUCAGCGACUUGGCGGAGUGUGGGCUGAUGUGACUUGGUUGAGGGGCCUGCGCUGUGGAGCAGCGAGACCCAGAAGCGGAGAAGGUGAACGACAUGUUCUGGCUGCCUCUCUCCUGCUGUGUCCAGGGACUGCUUUUCCUAGCGGUUAGAUCCUGUCUUCACACACCCAAAUUUUUGAUUUUAGCCUCAGUGAAUUAUAAUAAAUAUAGUCCUGCCUUGUUAAGCAAGUGUUGUGAACUAAACUGAACUAUUUUGAACCUCCAAAAUCAUAUCAUACAGGGAAAAGCCAUUAAAUAUUUGACUUAAA